CAGAUACACGGGCUCCCGACAUCUGGGCGAGAGACGGCGACUUGUCGCCGACUGACUCACACGCCGAUCCGGGGGAGAGAUACAUCAAUCUGCGGCGCCUGGCCGACCGAGUCGGGCGCGGUGGCGGAAUCGAAUAACUCCACGUCGGGUCGGAGAAGAUUUUAAGAAAAGACAGAGAGACCAAAUUCGGGAAAAUAGCAAAUAUAAAUCUGAAACCCCAAAAAACAACAAACUGAUAUUAAUAUUAACGUCAGUGAUUAUUCCUGCGUGUCCGGCAGAAAUACGCCAAAAGAGAGCAAGAGAGACCGAACGCACUUCAAAAUAUCACCAUUGCGGUCAAGGCAACUUAGACGCAACUAAUCUCUGGCUACUCCGAGUGCAAUGUAUAGGUCCACGAAAGGAGCGUCCAAGGCUCGAAGGGACCAGAUCAAUGCCGAGAUUCGGAACCUCAAGGAGCUUCUGCCGAUAUCCGAUGCGGACAAAGCCAGACUCUCUUAUCUACACAUAAUGUCGCUUGCCUGCAUGUACACCAGAAAGUCGGUCUUCUUCUCGAAAGAAGCCGUUACAGCUGGAAAUGAAGAGAACGCAAGAUUUCUCUCCUUCCACGAGCUGCUGGAGAUGGUGCAUUCAGUACCAGGCUUUUUACUUCUCUUGACUGGAGAGGGAAAGCUGCUGUACCUGUCAGACAGUGUCGCCGAGCAUCUUGGACACUCCAUGGUGGACCUGGUUGCCCAGGGUGACAGCGUGUAUGAAAUCAUCGACCCCGUUGACCAUGCGAUCAUGAGGAGCAAUCUGUCUUCAACAACCACACCAGACACAGACCGCCUGUUUCGUUGCCGCUUCAACACGUCGAAGUCCGUCCGCCGGCAGAGUGCCGGAAACAAGCUGGCGCUGGUCCGCGCCCGCUGCCUGUCGUUCCCUAGCCCCGCCUCCUCGCCUGGCUCCUAUUGGACCACCAAUCUGGUGUGGGUGUGCUUCUGCUCCCCGCUGGAGCCCCACCCACCCCGCUCUGUGCUCACCAGGGAGCCCAAGCUGAGCCCCCCAGCUGACCACGGCUUUUUUUUGGCCUGCUUCUACUCCCAGCACAGCCGGGACAUGAGACUGCAGGAUGCACAGGACAGUGUGAUGGUGUACCUGGGUUUCGAUGUGGCGACACUGCGCUCCCGCUCCUGGUACAGCCUCCUGCAUCCGGAGGACCUCUCCCACGCCUCCGCCCAACACUGCUACCUGCUGAGUGACGGAAGUGAGGGGCGGGUGGAGGCAGUGGUCCGCGUGGAAGCUGCCGACCAAUCGUGGGUGUGGCUUUACAUGGUGCUGCAGCUUGAGGCUGGAGAAAACGUCAUCAACUCCCACAACUAUGUUAUCAGUGAAGCUGAAGCAUGGGCCAUUAAGCAACAGCUAUCCUCAGAGCAGACCCAGCUCAGCCUGGUACUGAGCUCCAGCACUUCCUACCAAGACAGCCUGAGCCUGCAGUCUCCAGACACUCUGUCCAGCCCGGAUCAGGUCUUCACGCCGGGCAGCAGCGGCCUGUCCGGCCAGUCUUUCGACUUCAGCGUCGUCGUUUGUGCCGCGCAUUCCUCUGAAGAACCAGCAGGUGGCGCCGCCGAGCCCAUGCAGCUGGAAGCCGGCCCACGUUCAAGCAUCUCCUCUCUGGAAGACGACAGCUUCUUCCAGCACCCCCCUGCUGGCCCCGCCUCCAGCCCCACCUCCACGUCCUCUCCGACUCCAGUGACUGUUGCCACGGUGUCCGACUUAGACUUUCUUACCCAGAACAUAUUCCUGCCUCCAUCCUUCCCCAUUGAGCCCCCAUUACCUGCUCUCCCUCUGCCUCUCCCCCCUCUCCCCAUACCCCAAUCCCAGCAGGGGAAGGAGUUUGUCUGCACACCUCCUUACACCCCCCAGCUGGCAGGGGGCAGCUUCCACUUUGGAGAUCAGCUUCUCAGCUUUGAUCUCACCAGUCCCGCCAGCCCGUCACCACUGGACCCAGCAGCCACUCCCCCGAUCUUGACAGCCCUGCCCCCAUCUCCCUCUGACCCCAUAACCACUGUCAGCAGCCCCUCCACCCCCACUAGGCAGUCCUCCCUCCAGUCCCUCUCGCUCCCUCCCCUCUCCUCUGAGCUGCUCUUCACAGCAGACCCUUGCAGCAGUUCCCUCUACGAGAAGCUGCCCCCCACCCCCGACAGCCCCGGAGAUGGCGACUGCACCAUCAUGACUCUGCCGGAAGUCCGUGGCCCCCUCUACGUGGACGUGCCAUUAGGGCCUUUCCAUUACCCCCCAGACGGUCUCCUCACCCCAGAGGCCUCUCCAGGAAAGCAAUCCUGCCUUUCUUUCUUCUCCAUGGAGAAAGAGAAGGAGAAAGAGAGAACGGAGAUUUCUCUCCUCGCCCAGCAGAUUAGCUCCUUAGCAGAAGGAUUCUACUCGGACCCCACAUUUUCAAAACUUGCCCCCUCCUCCCCAUCGGCCUCCCCUACUGACCCACAUACCCCCACUAUCCUGGAAUCCAUGUCACCCCAAACUGAAUUCCACCCUGUCAAGUCUUGGAAAGGUGCAGACCUCCCCCUGUUUCCAGAUGACAUCUCUCUGUUUGAAGAGAGUGUUUUAGAUUCCCUCCUCCAGGACCUUUCCUCUUGUUCACCCUCCCCUUGCCCUUCCUCCCUAGCCGCCUCCUGUCCCCCCCCAUCACCCCCUACCCCAGUAUGCUGGCUCCCACCCCCCCACAUUGAAGGGGGCUCUGUUGUGGGCAUGAGCCACAUCUGUAGCGUCCAAUCGGCGCACUGUAACUGCCAGGCCGGGAGAGGGGCGAUAGGCCCUGCCGAUUUGGGGGCACUAGGAGGCGGGCAGCCGACGGAGGGGGAAAUGAUGGAGGUAGAAAUUGUGCCAUCGCCACAUUUCUCCUCCUCGCCCAUCCCAGAGUCACCGCCCUCACGCAUAACCGCUAGCCCGACCUCCACCCCUGGCACGCCUGUUGCCCCCGUGGCCCCUGGUCUGCCUUGCGCCCAGUCCCUCCUGGAGGAGCUGGCCGCCCUGGAACCCAUGUUUGGGGCAGGUGCCUCGAUUGCCCCUGGACUGGGGCAACAACCUGAGUUGUAUCAACUCCAAUGUUGCCCAUCGCCACAGAACUUCCAAAAAGGUGAGGGUCCAACCAAUCGUCUGGCAUUCACUCUGCAUGUGGAAAACGCAAGCAUAUAUUUCAAGAUGCAACACACCUUUUGUGCUUUAGUCAUAAUGUAAACCUAAGGCUUUGAUAUUUGGGGUUAAUCUAUCCUGUACUGACCUCUCGCUCUUCUUCUCUCAUCUUGUCUUUCAGAUGGAAGCGGAAGUGAUCCUCAGUUCUAAAUAAGUCUGUGACUUACUUCAUAAAGUAUGGCACAUUGUCAUAUUUCGUGGAGCUACUGCUUUUGCCGAAAAGUCAACAACAUUUAACUGUAUGAUUAUAUACAUAAUGUAUAUACAAGCAAAAGGACAUUUAUUUACCUGUCUGAUGCGAACCAAGACUGUCUUCUACUUUUGUUAAUUUAUUUAUGAGUAUAUCUGAACGAUGGUUCAACCAUUUGACUGAGUGGAUCUGAGCCUGGACUGGGUUGUGUUCCAGUCUGUGAGAAGUCACUUCCCUGUAACACAAGCUUCGGCUCUGAUAAGGCAGAGACUUGAAGUCGACUCGAAUUGUAAGCACAAUUCAGUUAGCAGACAUAUUUGUAUUCACUCGUAGUGAGGAACUUCUAUUGUGAACUUUGAAGAAAAAGUUUUUCCAUGCUCUUGAUAAAAAAAAAAAAAGCCUGUUUCUCAAUAAUAAUUCUUGUCAUCCAGCAACAAACACAAACGGCAGAAGGUACCUAAUCCACAUGGAAAUGAAUCUAAAACCUAAACUGGGCAGCUCAGAUCACCAGCCUGGUUCCUCGUCUCUUGUGGGGAUUCCUCAAUGGCCAUGGCUGAAAGCACAAAUACCUUAUUCGACCCGUAUUCCUAAGAGCACAAUCAAAGUCAGUUCCGAAAGCCUCCGUGCUUUGAGUUUGUGGCUGCAGCGUAUGACAUAGUAUUACUGAUUCAUUUAUGACUCGUGUGUCAAUGUGCUGUAAAAAUAAUGAACGGCAAAGUAACAGUAUCUACUGCAAAAAUGGGGGGGUCCCCCCCCCACCUCCUUUGUAUUUUAAAUGUGUGUAAUGAUGAUGAGGCUGCCUACAUUGACUGCUGCCCUGAGAUAGAGGCAGACCGAGGCUAAUGCGGCGUACGUUUGAGGCUGUACGCAACGUCUCAAAGGCCAAGUCUUCGGCCGUUCGGGUAGCCAGCUGGUUUGAGACGGGUUUUUUGCGACAUCAAUAUUUGCAAUGCCGGCAACACUCCCAGCUUCUCGGACCAGCGUGGCUCACUCGCCAAUCCCUGCUCACUUCUUAGCGAUAGAGUCCUUUGUGAAUACUCAGCCAGGUGAUACCGUGCCGGCGAGUGGAUGCCACCAUUGCAUUGUGGGUGUUCCCCUCUGGUUGGUGUCGUGUCCUGGUUGACAGCUGUUUGUAUGAAUGGUUGAUUCUUCUUUUUUGAGGGGAAAAAUCAAAAGUUACUUGAAGCUUUUUGUUUUAAAAAAAAAAAAUGAACUGGAAAACAGGGAUGGGGUACUAUUUCCAUUCAGUUUCUAAGCGACACGGGUUGAGAAUGAUUCUAUUCCCAUGGUGUCGACUCGCUAACGUAGAGUUGUCUACGGUAAAGUAAAGGAUUCAUUCCUACGUUCUAGCUAUUUAAGUGCUAAGUUUAAGAAAAAAAAACUUUUAGAAUAAUCUUGUAUGCGUGAUGACUGAAAAAAUCAACGUUGUUCAAUAUACAUGCAUUUCUAUGGACAUAAUGUAUAUGCUGUACAGCGAUUAACGUCGUGGAGCUAAACGGCUGUAAAAAUGUGUACAUUUCUGUACAUAUACAUGUAAAUAUCAGAGAAUUUUUAUUAUAUGAAAUAAGAUUAUACCGGAAGUAUAUCCAUGAAGAAUGGACAUUGUGGACCAGUGUUCGUUUUUGUGUUGCUGAUAAGUGUAUUUGGUGGUCAAAUGCAUUUAUAUUAAACUGCUCUUGAUGCAGCUUUA